UAUUUCGUUUAGGUUUUAUAAUGAUGACUCCUCAGUUAUUUAUCAACUACAAAAUGAAGUCUGUUGCUCACUUACCCUGGAGAAUGCUCACUUAUAAAGCACUCAACACAUUCAUUGAUGAUCUCUUCGCUUUCAUUAUAAAAAUGCCGACUUUGUAUCGUCUGGGCUGUUUACGAGACGGUGAGUUGAGAACUUUAUGCAGUGAGGUAUCGGUUUAUUGUAGAUAGAUUACAUAGAACAAAGUUGUAUUAGAUUAUACCUCAAAGCUAAAAUAAAGCUGGGGAAAUUGACAACCGGAACCCCUAAAUUUAGGGGUCCCGGUUCUUUGUCGGCAUGUACGAUCGAUAAACGUUAAACCAAUCACAGCACAGGAAAAAUUCAAUUUCCCCAGAGCCAAUGCCAUCCUAGCCCGCACACAGGCAUUGCUCUGGCUACGAGAUUGGUAAGGGACACCCCUUAACUAAACUAAGAUAGCUUCAUCGAACUGCCUGGAAACUUUCUUGACCAGUGAUAGUACUGAAGGAGAAAAACCGCUGUGUUUGUUAAUCCAGCCCCCCCCCCCCGGCAUCUGACGUCCGUGUUGACAAAAAUGUCGCUUGCUUAAACUCCCUAUUGUAAUCGGACAUUCUGUACUACAGGCCACAGAAGUGAAAAUCUCACGCACCAAGUCCUGUGUUUUAAGGUUACAGAACACCUUUUGAGUGUUAAUUUUGCCUAAUAUUUUUUUAUUGGUUUCCAUGAAAGCAUUAGACUAGUUCUACUAUCUGACCAAGUUUGAACGAAAAAUGUUGAAAACUCGCAGAGUUAUUUAAUAAAAUACAUUUCGCUUGCAAUAACAAAAACAUUGAAAAUGUAAUAUUCAAAUUCAAUUUUCUCCCGAAGAAUUUUACGGUAAUUACUGAUUUUCAAACGAGUUGUGCUCCUGCGGGUUUUAACCAAUUUUUCUCAAAUUUUCACAGGACAUAGCUAAAUACGUCAGUUUCAAAAUUGUUUGCGGCUUUUUUUAAUUUUGGAUAUUUUAAAAAUAAAGAGCAAUUCACUCAAAGAAUUCAGAAAUAUAUUGCAGUCGUCAAAGAAAUCGCCAUAUCAGCGGAAUGACGAAAUAAACAUAAAUUUCCGAACACAGGUUUUUAGAACAACUAUUUUACUGUAUAAAAAUGAUAUUUUCAUAAAUAUAACUUAAAACCAGCAGGAGCCCAACUCAAAAGCGUAAAGGUACCGCGAUUUAAGAUUUUCCUGAAUAAUUCUUACAUUAUUUUAUUGUUUGUUAAUUUUACAACUUUACCAUAUUUUGCAUGCACUGGAGAACAUUUGGUGAAAAUUUGAUGAAAAUCGGACUGAUAUUGAGCGCGCAGUAGCGAUUUUCCGCAAAACGCCAAAAAGGGUGUCCUGUGUUACAAACACCCAGUCUCAAAACAAUAUCUGUUUUUUUAAACAGACGUGAUAUUCUUCAUAUAUCUUUAUCAAAAAUGGAUCUAUCCUAUCGACUACAAACGUGUCAAUGAAUUUGGAGUGAGUGGUGACGAUCUACAACAAUUCGACAGCAAUGGAGUUCUCGUCAAAACUGAUGAAACUCAAGCGAUUGGGACCUCCAAUGAGUCUUCUGAAAAUGGCGAAGUCCAUGCAAAAAGUGAAUAAUGCAUGGCUUUUGGAAAUUGCCGUGUUACGCGGGAGGGAUGGUGUUAGGGUGUUAUUUCAAAUUUUUGGGGGAAUUUUAGUUUCUUGUCAAAUGAAAAUACGAGUUUUUGUUUGACAAUGUGUAACAUUCAACAUUACAUAUAGAAAGCAUAUCUGUGGAAAAAUUACCUGACCAUACUGUAUUAUAUUAUCAUUGAAUAUAAAUUCUUCGUUCGAAAAUGUAAUUUUAAUGCAUGCGAAAAUACAUUUGGUUAAUUAAUUAAAUUAAAUUAAAAAUAUAGAAAUCCC